AAUGGGCAGUUACUUAACCUGCCCACAACCCUGCACUGAGUCACUCCAGGCGCAGCGAUGGGAUAAAUCUCCAGAGACCUAUUGGUGGGGAUUGUGGGGAUCAGCUUCCAGGAGGGAGCAAAGAUCAACCCCAGAUACGUCUCUAAUCUGGGCAUGGUCAAGGAAGAGCCCUCCUCAUCAUGAGACCCAGAGCCUUUUGGGGAAAACCCGGGGCCGGCAGAGGCAGUUCCUCUGUUCACCUUCACAGCACGGUGGUGCUUUGACCCAAGACUAGCCCUAGAUGUGAACUAGACAGGUCUGGGGCUAGGACAUGAGCUCCCAGGAGACCCCACAAGCUCGGAGAUUCCCCAUAGAGGCCGGAGAUUCUCCCAGCCUGGCAGCUGCUCCAGAGACCCAGGAGCCAGUUGCCACUGAGCACACUGCAGCAAGGCAGCUGAGAAGAUGCCCCGGGUGCCACUGCCUGACCCUGCCCAACGUUCCUAUUGACGUUUACAUUGCCAUGGGCGGGAACGGGAGGCCACGGACCACCUAACAGUUCCCCUGAGUUGGGCUCGAGUGCUGAGACCGCCGAGCUGGUCACCCGAAACUCCCUGACAGCUGGAGAACCGCAAAGGACGCCGCCACACAAAACAGUGACGCACAUUUUAAUAAAAGGACAUCUUAGAAUGUU